GGAGGGGAAGAGGCAGCCCCCUAUGGGAGGGGUAGGCUGUGUAUAUGAGACAGUUCGUGUAGCAGGAAGUUUUAUUUCUUCAACCGAGAGUUCUAAAUUCUCAUCAAGUCUGCACCCAAGGGGCAGUCAGCAUGGGGCAGAUAGAAUGGGCAAUGUGGGCCAACGAGCAGGCCUUGGCAUCUGGACUGAUUUACAUGGCAGGAGGCAUCGUGGCAGUCGCCGGACAGUUUAAAAACUGGCAGUUUGGUGCUUAUGGAAUUGCUGCUGGAGUCUUUAUUUCUCUUUUGGAAUACCCCCGAAGUAAGCGAAAGAAGGGAUCUACAAUAGAAAGAUGCGGUCAGUAUGCCAUCACUCCUGUUGUGAAGGUAUUUGGCCCACUCACACGGAACUACUAUGUGCGUGCUAUACUGCACGCAGGCUUGGCAGUGCCUGGCGGGUUCCUCCUGGCGACUAUCUUGGGCACCGUGUGCCUUGGCAUUGCCAGCAUCAUCUACUUACUGGCAGCUAUACGAGGGGAGGAGUGGCGCCCAAUUGAAAUGAAACCGGAGACAAAGCCAAGAAUUGCCGAAACAAUAAAACGACCUCCUGAAAAUCCACCCCCUCGCCCACCACCAGAGGUGCGGAGGAAGCAGGUGGAUGAAGGUGCAGCAGGUGUUGGAUAUAGCAACCCUAUUCCAGUCGGUGAUGACGUAUGACAUUCUCAAUAAAUGAGGUCUACCCUGGCAAAAUCUCCCCUACCUCUGCCAUACACACCCUAGAGACAUUUGCAGAAAAUUACAGACCUCAUGGUCUACUCAAUAAUCUGUUACUAUAUCUCACCAGCUUUCUUCUGGUCUAUCCAAAUUGAUGACCCUGAGCACGGGUCUGUAGACCUUCUGUUCUCUCUACAGUGGUCAGCUCCAGCCUUUUGAGAGGUAACCGGUGGUUGCGCAAGAAGCCACAGUAGUGCAUUCCUCCUCUUGACCCCCAAAAGGAAUUGAAUCUACAAGGUAUAUAAUAAUAUUAUACUCUACUUCCUUAUUUAUCACAAUAGAACUUCCUGAAAACAGACAGACCUUUCCAGGUUCUAUGAUGCAAGUUAUUUCCUAGAUUUCUGUAGUAUAUAUAUUAGCAAUUCUAAAAUAAAUCUGUGUCCUGCCGUUCCACUUUACAAAGACAUUCUUUUUUUAGAGUUGGAUAAGCUAAUGCCACAAAGACCACCUGGGGCUUAUGUUUUAAUAAUAUUGCUGCUUUAGCAAAUGUGUGCCCACUAAUAGGUCAAUUAUUUAUAUAUAUUUUCACCUAGUGUAAUUGUGAAUACCUACUCUUACUCUUGAUUUAGCGGUAAUAGAAGAUCAUUGGCUAUGCUGGCUGUCAAUCAAAAUGUGGUCAAACUAAGCCAUCUAAACAUAUUGUGGUGGGUUGUACAAAUAGCACAUGGACACAAUGGUCCUCUUUGAUUUAAAGAGUAUGGGUUUGCAUGGUCUAUUUCCCCCACCUCUCGCCAUGUCACUUAAUACUUACUCUGCGUCUCCAUGAGUUGUGCGGAUUGGAGGAACACACGGAUUGGAGUGUCUACUUAAAGAGUGCUUGCAAAAUGAAGGAGGUUGUACAAGUGAAUAAUUUCUUUGCUAUACAAAAUUGCUUUAAUAAUAAAAGUUUAAAUUACACCCGA